GUAGGAAGCAGGAAGACCUGUGUAUUGCUGGGAGACUUUCAUUGAAGUAUCACUAGUUCACUAGUGCUGGAACGUUUAGACAUUUAUAAUUCACAAUGCCAACAUCCGGAUUAGUUUAAAACUGAAAUAAUUAUAAUUUUAGACUUUGACAAUGAAUACGUUAUUCGCGAUUGCUUUAGUUUUCGUUGGUUGCUGCAGCAAUGUUGUGUUUUUGGAACUUUUGGUUAGGGAUUUCCCAGGAUGUGGGAAUAUUGUCACAUUUGCUCAGUUUGCCUUUAUUGCACUUGAAGGGUUCAUCUUUGAGACAAACUUUGGACGCAAAAAGCCACACAUACCCCUCAGUAACUAUGUGAUCAUGGUGACCAUGUUCUUCACCGUCAGCGUGAUCAAUAACUACGCCCUGAACUUUAACAUCGCUAUGCCUCUGCACAUGAUCUUCAGAUCGGGAUCUUUAAUCGCAAACAUGAUCCUCGGUAUUGUCAUCUUGAAGAAAAGAUAUUCGGCGAGUAAAUAUCUUUCCAUUGUGCUGGUGUCUGUGGGCAUUUUCAUCUGCACUAUUAUGUCUGCCAAACAAGUGAAUGCUGAGAAAGGGGCCACAGAGGAAGAUGGUUUUUAUGCCUUCAUGCAUUGGCUUCUGGGUAUCGCCAUGCUGACGUUUGCCUUGCUGAUGUCUGCGAGAAUGGGCAUUUUCCAGGAAACUCUGUACAAGGAGUAUGGCAAACACUCCAAGGAGGCUCUGUUUUACAAUCACUUUCUGCCAUUACCAGGAUUCCUUCUGCUGUCAACAGACAUCUACAGACACGCCGUGCUCUUCAGCCAGAGCUCUCCAGUGGAAGUGCCUCUGAUUGGUCUGUCUGUGCCUGUCUUGUGGUUUUACCUACUGAUGAACAUCAUCACCCAAUAUGUUUGCAUCCGCGGCGUGUUCUUUCUGACCACAGAGUGUGCGUCGCUCACAGUUACACUAGUAGUGACGCUUCGCAAAUUCCUGAGUCUCAUUAUUUCCAUCCUGUACUUCAACAAUCCCUUCACAGCCUGGCACUGGUUCGGCACGGCCGUGGUGUUCCUGGGAACGCUGCUCUACACGGAAGUGUGGUCAAGUGUUCGUGCAGCAAUGAAAGGAGAGAAAGUUGACAAGAAGGCAGAGUAAAUUAUGGAAGAACAUUUCAUUAUUAAAUCAUGUAAUAAAAUAAAAAAAGGUAAUUGUGACUUUUAUCUCAAAGUUCUGACUUUUUUUCCCCAACUCUGAGUUUAUGUCUUGCAAUUGUGACAAAAGACUAAACUCAGAAUUCUGAAAAAAUUUAAGAUUUCAAGAUUCAAACUCAGAAUUCUGAGAAAAAAAACAUCAGAAUUUCAAGAUUAAAAAUCAGAAUUCUGAAAAAACGUCAGAAUUUCAAGAUUCAAACUCAGAAUUCUGAAAAAAAAAAACGUCAGAAUUUCAAGAUUCACACUCAGAAUUCUGAGAACUAAAACGGCAUAAUUUCAAGAUUCAAACUCAAAAUUCUGACAAAUAAAACGGCAUCAUUUCAAGAUUCAAACUCAGAAUUCUGAGAAACAAAACGGCAUCAUUUCAAGAUUCAAACUCAGAAUUCUGAGAAAUAAAACGGCAUCAUUUCAAGAUUCAAACUCAGAAUUCUGACAAAUAAAACGGCAUGAUUUCAAGAUUCAAACUCAGAAUUCUGAAAAAAAAAAACGUCAGAAUUUCAAGAUUCACACUCAGAAUUCUGAGAACUAAAACGGCAUCAUUUCAAGAUUCAAACUCAGAAUUCUGACAAAUAAAACGGCAUCAUUUCAAGAUUCAAACUCAGAAUUCUGAGAAACAAAACGGCAUCAUUUCAAGAUUCAAACUCAGAAUUCUGACAAAUAAAACGGCAUGAUUUCAAGAUUCAAACUCAGAAUUCUGAGAAACAAAACGGCAUCAUUUCAAGAUUCAAACUCAGAAUUCUGAGAAAUAAAACGGCAUCAUUUCAAGAUUCAAACUCAGAAUUCUGACAAAUAAAACGGCAUCAUUUCAAGAUUCAAACUCAGAAUUCUGACAAAUAAAACGGCAUCAUUUCAAGAUUCAAACUCAGAAUUCUGAGAAACAAAACGGCAUCAUUUCAAGAUUCAAACUCAGAAUUCUGAGAAACAAAACGGCAUCAUUUCAAGAUUCAAACUCAGAAUUCUGACAAAAUAAAACGGCAUGAUUUCAAGAUUCAAACUCAGAAUUCUGAGAAACAAAACGGCAUCAUUUCAAGAUUCAAACUCAGAAUUCUGAGAAAUAAAACGGCAUCAUUUCAAGAUUCAAACUCAAAAUUCUGACAAAUAAAACGGCAUCAUUUCAAGAUUCAAA